AUGGUCUCCUUCACCAAGCUGUUUACUACCGGUCUCCUGGCCACCUCGGCCCUUGCCGCCCCCGUGGAGCAGCUGCAGAAGCGCGGCUCCAACAAGCGAGGUGCCGCCUACAACGACGCCAACCUGGUGUCGUCGCUGGCCGACCGCCAAGCCGUCAGCUGGGCCUACAACUGGAACAUGCUGGCCGCCGGCUCCCUCCCGCAGGGCGUCGAGUUCGUGCCGAUGCUCUGGGGCCUCAAGGACAUCGGCGGCUGGGCCGACGCCAUCAAAACCGCGCUGACAGGCUCCGGCCUGCUCGGCGAUGGCUCCAGCGGCAACAAAUACAUCAUGGGCUUCAACGAGCCGGACAUGGCCUCGCAGGCGGCCAUGAGCCCCUCCGACGCCGCCUCCUACUACAUGCAGUACAUCACCCCCUACGCCGGCUCGGCCAAGCUCAUCAGUCCCGCCGUCACCUCGUCUACGGACCCGAACAUGGGCCUGCAGUGGUUCAACUCGUUCAUGGACAGCUGCGGCAACUGCAAGAUCUCCGGUCUGGCUGUCCACUGGUACGGCAACACCCCCGACGAGUUCAAAUCGUUUGUCAAUCAGGCUAUCCAGACUGCUUCUGCCCACGGCCUGCAGGAGGUCUGGAUUACCGAGUUUGCGCUCCAGGCCGACGCCCAGGGCCAGGGCUCCCCCGAUGUCACCGCCCAAUUCCUGAACGAUGUUCUCCCCUGGUUGGACUCGCAGCAGGCUGUCUCGCGCUAUGCGUACUUCAUGUGCGCCGAGAAUCACAUGUUCAGUGGGGGCGGCCUCAACAAGGCCGGUGAUGCUUACGCUGCGUAA